GCCCGUCACUUCCAUAAACGACCAUCAGUUAUGCAGUUAGGCUACUCUGCUGCAUCCCACACCGCUGUCAAUAUGCGUGUUUUGUGGGGUGGAUUUAUCAUCUAUUUCAUUGCAAUUUAGAACAAUGGUCCGGCAUCCUUUUGCUAGGUAGAAGCAAGCCAGUAGGCUAUGAGUCAGAGAGCUAUCCGUUUGAACAAAAUGAUUAAACAUGGCAUUCGACAGAAUUUGCUAUGCCUUAGCACCAUCACAAACCAGUUGAGUGCUGAACAUAUUUGAAUGAGAGUGGGCUUAGGCGGCCAUGGACCUGUUCAGCCAGCUCAUCCUUGUCAUCUCGGUCACCAGUUUCCUCUCCUUCCAGUGGCUCUUCCACCGGGUCAGUCCCUGGGUCUCCACCCGUGUCAGCCCUGGCUUCUUACGCCUUGCAGACAAGCAGAAGGUGGAGUGGAACUCAAGGACAGUGUCCACGCUUCAUGCCCUUGUGGUGGGACUCUUCUGUCUCUACAUCCUGCUCUUUGAUGACGCCAUCAAUGAAGACCCCGUCUGGGGAGAUCCCACACUUGUGAAGAUAAAUGUUGGCGUGACAACAGGCUACCUCAUAUCUGAUCUGCUGCUAAUAUUUUACUAUUGGAAGGCGAUAGGCGACAAGUUUUUUGUAGUGCACCACCUGGCAGCGUUAUAUGCUUACUACUAUGUACUGGGACACGGAAUGUUGCCUUAUUUUGCUAACUUCCGUCUGCUUGCAGAGUUCUCCACGCCGUGUGUCAACCAGCGCUGGUUCUUUGAAGUGUUAGGUUACUCCAAGUCCUCCAAGCCCAACAUCGCUAAUGGGAUGGCCAUGGCCAUUGUCUUCUUCCUGGUUCGCAUUGCCGUCAUGCCCCUCUACUACAGCCGCAUGUGGUCCGUGUAUGGCACCGAAGCCUUCUACCGUGUCCCGCCGGAAGGCCGCGCUGCCUGGAUCAUCUCCAGCAUCUGUCUGGAUGUCAUGAACGUCAUGUGGAUGCACAAGAUCGCCCGCGGCUGCUACAAGGUCAUGCGCUCGGCCCGACGACACAAAGUGGGGACACAGGAGAACGGAAAGGCUGAAUAAAAAGCAAGAGGAUGGUUGAUGUUAUGGGUAAGGAGAGUCCAUUGAACCACUGUCCCCUUUUAGUGCACAAUUGGAUUAGUAACUUUACCUGACUGGGACUACUGUUUCAGUGUCAACUAACUUACAAAAAGCUAAGUCUUGCACCGACUGAACUUUAUGGUAGUAGACGCAGGACAUUGAUGUGGACAAAGGGGCAAUAUCUUGGGCAGUGAUGUGUAUCAUUGCCUCUUAGCAAUACUUCCUGUGCAUGGCAAAUGUAUUUUUCUGUUGCAUUUUAUCACAAAACAGCGUGUCUGGGAUGAAGUCCGUUUUUCCCAAACGCUUCACCAAGUCAAACGUUUACUGCUUGUUCUAGACCAUAGACUCAAAUGUGUGAAUGGUCCUGUGCUCCCCAAAACAACUUGAAGUACCUCCCUUUCAUUUGGAUUUUUAUAUAAAUUUGAAGUCGGAAGUUUACAUACACCUUAACCAAAUACAUUUCAAUUCAAGUGUAUAUAAGUUUAGGUUUCUCACAAUUCCUGACAUUUAAUCCUAGUAAAAAUUCCCUGUCUUAGAUCAGUUAGAAUCACCACUUUAUUUUAAGAAUGUGAAAUGUCAGAAUAAUAGUA